AUAUUAAGAAACAUCAGUCCCCCAUUAAGUUAACUUUAUUUGUAUUAAUAAAUUAAUCUUUAAUCUCUUUAAUCUCACCUCCGUAGUAGAGUAAUAUAAUUGAUAUCCCAAGGAGUUCACACCUCAGUCCAGAAGAUGGCGAUAAUGCACACUGUUUGCAAACUGUCAGUAAAAACUACCAAAGAAGAAGAUUUAUCCCUGACCCUGCAGGCACCAUCUACAAGUAAACAGUUACUAAGCUGGUAUGUGAAUUUCUACAGAAAGAAAUCAUGAACUUCAGACUCUCAUCACUAAUCCUGCUGCUACACAUUCAAGGGUUCCUAACAUUGGAUAACUUUAAUGUAACCUGUGAUGAAUUGAAUAUUUGUGCUGUGAUGGGGACACGUGUGACAGUGAAGUGUUUUUACUCAAACAUCAACAUCAAAACUGGGUUCUGGUUCAGUCAUAAACAGAGAACAAACUGGAGAAACAAAGAUGAACCUGAAGAUUUGACUUUAGAUUCAGAUUACUCAGGACGAGUGAAUCAGAGGAUCACUAAAAAUCAACCGUUUCUCAUAAUAUCAGAUGUGAUAGAGAGAGACAGUGGAGAAUAUCAGCUCAUGUUCAUUAUGAAGGAUGGAGUUAAACAUCUCAGCUCAGUCACAGUCAAUCUAACAGUUUCAGUUUUACAGGUGAAGAUGAAUCCUGGACCUAGAGGACAGCGAGUAAAACUGAGCUGUGAUUCCUCCUGCCCUUUAACAUCUGAAAAUAUUUACCGCUGGUCCAAGAAUGGACAACCUUUAAAAAAUAGUCAAAGCAUAUUUGUGUCAUCCAGACGAAACACUAACAGUUAUUCCUGCUCUGAGCCUUUUUCAGAUUUCUCUUUGCCUGUGUGUCUUUCUAACAGUGGCUGUUGGGGUGUGACUUACACCUCUACAGAAGUUUGUGCUUUAGUGGGAUCAACAGUAGAUAUUCACUCUUCAUACUCACAUCCCACUGGAUAUACAGUAGAGAAAAAAUCCUGGUAUUACGGUUAUCGUGGGGAAUUCAGAGAUAUACGUGAGGAUCCUCGGUUUUCUGGUCGUGUGGAGUAUCUGGGAAACACACUGAGAAUAAAAAAUGCCAGCAUGAGUGACAUUGGAAUAUAUCACUUCAGCAUCAUCACAAACACAUCAGAUCAAGUUUCUAGUUCUCCUGGAGUCGAUCUUACUGUUACAGCUACAUGGGUGAGAAGCAGCCCAGACCCUGUGAUAGAUGGAGAAAAAGUGAUAUUACGCUGUUCAACUUAUUGCUCAUUGGAUAGUAAACAUACUUACAUCUGGUAUAAGAAUGGACAACAGGUAACAGAUGGAUUGACAUUAUUAAACAAGCUGUACCUGGACUCAAUCAACAGUGAGGAGCUACAAGAGUAUUCCUGUACUGUAAGAGAUCCAAUGGACAAAACAAAUGCUUAAAUACAUAAAACUGUAUGAUACUGAUUAAAACAAGGCUUGGCUUUCUGAAGGUUUGCUACUGUAAAUGUUUUAAUAAAGCUUUAUUAAUCCUGCAUUUCUGAGAUAUUUUUCCACAUAUUAUAUUUGUAUUAAGACAUUCAUAAUAGUCAGAUAAAUGUUAUCUUUUGAAUAUAUUUCUCUGUUUUCUGUUUUGACUGCAGUAUGUGGUAACACUUUCUAUGAAGUCUGUGUUUAUAAUGCAUUAUUGCAGGUAUAUUCCCUUAUAAUAAACAUUAUUAUACUGUAUGUUGUUGUCUAAUAAAUAAUCAGUAUAACAGUUUCAAUACAUUAUUUGUGGUUGUACCAUUUAUGAGUAUGAUGAUUUAUAACACAUGACGAACUCCAUAUUGUUAUCUUGUAUUAUAAGUACACGUUGUCAUGUAUUUUAAAUUUCAUAUAUUUACAUUGUAUAAUUGUCACUUGACCUAAAGCAGGAAAUAAACCAUAAGUCUUCUUAUAAACAUCCACAAUGCUUUACACACAAAUAACUGAAACAAUCAGAAAGCUACAGAUUGGGCUUUAAUGUUCUUUAAAGUGAAAACGUGUCAGAAAUCUCCAACAUAUGUUUGUUACCAGCCUUACUCCUCUAUAGUGGGUCAAUAUUUAUUAAAAUGGCACUCAUAAUACUGGCAAAGGCUUUAGUGGAGCUUUUGUAGAGCAUCAAUGAUCAGUGUACUGGUAAUGUCUUGUAAACUCAACUAUAUCUUUAGUCAAACCUGGCCAGAAAAAAAUGUUUACUAAUUCUGUGACACAUUUUGAGUCGUCCCAGAUGAGCUGCCCAAAGUUUAGUUUGUCCCAUUGUUAAACCUGUCCUCCAUACACUAAAAGAAAGAACUAUUUGCUGAUUUCGAUACAGAAGAUUAUUAUGACAAAAAGUAUCUAAAAUAAAAGCCUAUAAUAUUAAUGUAUACUCUUCUAUAAAUUAUAUAAAAUUUUAUAAAUGAUAUAAAUUAUAGACUAUAAUACAAUACACUAAUGGUCAGAUUUCAUUUUUUAUCUCUUUCUGUGUGUUUGUCACUGUAAGACUCUAGUGCUGCAAAUGUCUGUGUGCAGAUCAGCAGAAUUGCUGGAGUGAUGUCACAACUCUCUUUAUGACAUCAUCACCUAGCAACAGUCUCUCAGCAGUGACAUCAGUGAUGCAGUGAUGUCAUAUACAGUGACAUAUUAAUGACAGUUCAGUGUAAAUAAUCUAAUGCUGAAAUUAAUUAUUCAUUGAAGUAUUGAGUUUAUCAUUCAACAGUCUUGUGUCAGUGUCAGAUCAACUGUAACAUCACAAUACAUAAAUCCUGUAAAAACUUUGCUAUAGUGCAUCUUUAUGUAGAUGAUACUGUGAUCUACUUUCAUCUUCACUAUAAGUCAGGCUGUUAUUGAACUCAAUGCUGUUUUUAGUUAGGUUAAGAUUUUAUUACAGAGCUGUGCUUUAAUCUUGCAGUUAGGAAAGCAUUUGUUCAGUUUAUUUUAAAUGUUUUGGCUGCAGCAGUGUGGACUUCGGAGCGUAAAAAUGACAGAUGGGACACCCUACGGACUCGUAGACUGAGCGAGCGUGCACAAUUUAAGGCCACGAGACCGAAAGCCCACAUAAGGUGCGCUAUUAGGGACAGGACCUUACUGGACUAAUGUUGAAGUUUUAUGUGUUGUAGCUGUUGGGGUGUGACUUACACCUCUACAGAAGUUUGUGCUUUAGUGGGAUCAACAGUAGAUAUUCACUCUUCAUACUCUUCAUACUUUGCUGGUCGUGUGGAGUAUAAAAUAUAUGCAGAUUAUUGGCUCAGUUAAUAAGGAACUAAAGGAACAGGUUUAUAAAAAUAUAAAACAUAAUCUGUCCUGUGAAUGGAGUUGAGACUGUUUCUCAAGAAUAAGAGCACUAGCAGUAAAAAGAUGAAGAUUAAUGAUUAGAUUUUUUUCUGCUGAAAACAUAAAAGAUGAAGUAAAGAUAAGAUACAUAUUUUACAGGCAGUGGCGUCUAUAUGCUUGUUGUAUAUCGCAGUAAGUUUGUUUCUGCAAUAUGAAAAUGAGAUUUAUGUGAUUCCCAAUUCAAAUCCAGGCAAUAACCAACUUACAAUGUUCACUGCUUGUGUUUGUCUGAAUCGUAAUCUAACCUUUUUUUCUUAUUUAAUUUUUUUAGUAAGAUCACAGACUGAAGUUGCAGUAGUGUAUAAAUUACAUUGUUUUAAAUACAUCCUGUUAGCACUCUGCCAUAAGAGUCUUGUUUUAUAUUUAUGUUUUAUCGUGAUGGCAGGGUUCUGACAGUCUCUUGUUCCAUGUGGAGGCUCAUGGCCUUGUAUAUUGGGUCAUGUGCCUCUGGUGUCUUGUCCUAGUCCCCGCCCCCUUGUUCUCCUUGUUAAUUAUUCAUUAUCAGUUCAUCCCAUUCACCUGUGUUGCCCUCUUUAGUUUGUUUAGUUUUCCCCUAUUUAGGCUAUAUCCACACGAAGCCGGUGCAUUCCCUAUCCGAUCAUUUUUUUCCUUGCUCUAAAAAAAUAAUCCGUAAACACGAAACCACUGAAACCGACUGAAACCGGUGUAGUAUAUAUGCCGGACCAGUAUGGGGCGCUGUAAUUCUGCUACAGAUAUACACUAUACACGGAGAAGAAGACUUUGAGCAUGCGCAUAACCAACGUAUAAUGUUGUCCAUUAUCGCUUGUUGGUCACCACAAUUGCAUAGAAGCAAUAGAUUUUGCUGUAAUAAAGCUAGUAGGCUUUAGUUGCUUCUGUAGCA